UUGUACGAUUGAAUACCCUGCGGUCCCUGCGGCCUGCGAAAUACCGUGUUCGUCUCGCGUGCGGAAAGUGUAAUACGGUGCAGGUCGAACCGGACAAAUUUAAUCAGGUGUGUGACACACACUGUGUGCGGAUACUAUUGGACACUGCGUACGGUGGAGGUGAAGGACGUUCUGCAUCGUGAUACUGCAAGUCCGGAUCACUGUGGUGAUGCUCGUGUAAUCAGAAUCGACGAUCACGUUCACGUGAAGAUUCCGGACUUUCCGAAACAGACGCGAGGAUGUCGCGUACGAAGGCGGAGAAGAUCGGUAACGGUAACAAGUGCGAGGUUAGCGUGUGGACACGUGCGAUCACGGCGAAUUCGGAAUGGCCGGACAAGGAGGAGUUUCUUGACGUGAUAUACUGGGCAAGACAAGCGAUCGGUAUUAUCGUUGGCAUAGGAUGGGGCCUUAUACCUCUGAAAGGUUUUAUAGCUCUAUUGUUAUUUGUAGUAGUCAAUGCAGGAAUUACGUAUUUAUACUUUAGCAGUUUCCAACAAAUCGACGAGGAAGAAUUCGGUGGUAUGUGGGAACUGACGAAAGAGGGAUUUAUGACCUCGUUUGCUGGGUUUCUGGUAACUUGGAUCAUCAUAUAUUCCGGAUUGCAUUUCGACUGAUUCACAUUGCGAUGGAUUCAUGGAUUCGAGACAAGAAGCAAUAGCGUUUUAUACAGAGAUCAUCGCCGCUGCCAAAUUCUCCAUACGUACGCAAUAGCCAUUCCCUCGUAAUAGACACUGCUGUGUGAUUCCUGUGUCGUGUGCAUAUACUGUUACAUAUUGUUACAUACAAGUAUGAAUUACCUGUAUAAAAGUCUUCUUACCUUGUCAAAACUGUGUGUGUUUUAAUCUUAACUGACUGACGAGUUCAAUUAAGCAUACGUUAUUUUGUCUUAUGUAUGUUUAUUAAUAAUUUAACGUACGUAUUAAUGUAUAAAGUCUAUAUGCAAUUUUACGCAAGAUAUAUAUGCCAUAAAAAUAUUAA